GUUAGCUUAUACAUGCAUUUGCAGACGACGCCAUUCAAUCCAUUGCAAACCCUAUCACGGCAGUCCAGACAUAUUACCAGACUAACAGUACAACUAUUGAUGCUGCGAUCAAGGCACUUGCUGAUGCAUCGCAAGCAACUGACCUUGGACGUGGUCUCGAUGAUUGGAUGGGCACAGUUGAGAAGGUGCUCACUGGGUUAGAAGGCUUAGCUGCCGCCCAGCCAUUUCCAUUCGUUAAACUUGCUGUCCAGCUCUUCCAUGGUGUCGUCCAGCUGGAGACACAGCGACGGAGCAACAGUGCGAAAGCGAGAGCCUUGAUCCUUCAACUUUCAGACAUGAUGUCAACUCUGCUGCAACUUCACCACGUGAAAGACCCAACUCUUAAAUCCCCGACUGGAGAGACUAUUGCUGGAAGGCUCCAAAGCCUUAUGGGCCAAAUCGAGCAGGACAUCAAAACGGUGGGGAACCUCGUUGAUCAAUAUCACAAACACAGCUCCACAUCCAAAUUCUUCUUCAGCGGCAAAUAUCAAGCCGAAUUUAAGGUUGCCGGUGAAACAUUAGUGACUCGGAAGCGGGACAUCAUGUUCGCGCUGCAAAUUCACAACACUAUCACCACAGAUGACAUUAACAUUCAAGUUCGGCAGUCAAACGAUAUGUUAGCCCAGCUGAUCCGCAUAAUGGAACAUAAGAGUGAUCAAGAUAAGCGGUGGGAACAGUCUCUUGAAAAUCUUGGAGGACGGAAAAAGGUCCUCGACAGUGAAGAGCUUCUCACUAAGAUUGUGAACGAAAUCGAGGGCUCGGGAGGGAAAGUACCGGGAACGGAUGGAAAGGUCGACAAAGGCGACGCCUCGAAGGACAAAAUAGCGCUCGCAAAGACCAGGAUUGACCCGAAGAACGCUUUGAGCGCUCGCGAGCGUAUUGAGCUCCGACUGCCACUUGAGACAAUUCUCCAAGCCAAUUUUCGCCUGUAUGAGGGUAAAUUGGAGGCGCAGAUGCAGAUAUUAUCUCACCAAUUGAAGGCUUCCACUCAGCAAAUCCUCACUCGCUUGGAUGCUGGUUCAUACCAGAAGAUUCAGCACCCAGAAAUACGACAAGUCUGGAAAGACAUGGCAUGGCGGGCAAGUGUUAAGGCGCGGGACUUCGUCAUGGCGCUUUAUGAUUUUUACCUUGAUCGAUAUGCUCACGCUGUUGCCAAGUCCCAGUCCAGUGUCACUCCUGCAGCGAACAGCGUCCUAUCUGCCACCAAUGCUUCCCGGCACAAUGUCAACGACACUCUCAGCCCCAUCGAUGCGGACUUGCCACCGCCUCACUCUGAGCACCUCCUUCCGUCCACUGACUCCAUCGAAGUGAUUCUUCAAGAUAAAUGGUGCCUCAAAUAUCUUUCAUUCCCUUACGCGAACGCUAUCAUGGAAGCUUUCGACGAUGAUAGUUCGGGUUACAUUCGAAUUUCCGAGGUCAAUGACUUUUGCGAUUCCAUUCCUGAAGGCUGGACGCUCCUCCAAUGGAUAGCCUAUUGGGCUCGAGGCUGGAGACAGGAGAGUUCCAUAUACUCGCGGCGGAUCAAUUAUCUUCUCACAGAGAUGCGAGUGGUAUUUUCAGGCGUGAUGCUUGAAAAUAGCCAACUGGUGCUCUACUACCAUCUUCAAGGAUCCUGGGUAAAUGCUGUCGAGCGGUUAGCCUAUCCUUUGCCACAUAAUGUCCCUAUCAGCUCUGACAGCCCUCUUGACGAGUUGGUAAAACGGCGCAUGGCGCAGAAGGAAGAGAGACUCAGCGCUGCAUUGGAGAGAAUGUUCUAUAAUGUGGAUGCUCCUGAGUCUUUCGCUCUUGUUUGUGGGCCCGGUCGAAUCGAGAAGGAUUUGUUUGCAGUGCUGUAUUUAAUCAUACUCCGUCACUGUCGAAUGAUUGGAAAAGCUAAGGAAUACAUCCUUGAUGAUCGGGAGUUUAUGGAAGCGGCAAGUACACUUUCCAACAUUGGUUACGCUGUGUAUUCUCGAGUUUCCCAGUUCGCAGAUGGCUAUCGUCAGCGGGGCUUAGAUGUAGAAGCCCAAUUUUGCAGAUUUUAUGGCGGCAUUUAUGAAUAUUCGUAUAAAGGCAACUUACCUUUACCUGAGGAUUAUUCUCUGUUGGAAGUUCCGCUUGACCAGCAGACUGAUUUCUGGCAAAUGAUCUGGGAUGAGAAAGCGACCAAUUUCGAAUUGCGAUAUGGCCGCUGGACAGUCGACACCUCUUCAUACGAUCUUGCUAACACCUUAUCGCCGCCUGCGCCAGGCGCCAAGGAUAGCGUAAAUCAGACCUCGCUCGCCCAAAGUAAUACGGAACCUCGUGAUCAGCUGUCACCCACUGAAAUGGGAGGCGAACUUGGGCGGAUUAUGCGCAGAAUCUCGAGGCCUCAAGUCCAAAUCCGCCAACGCGCGCAGACACUAUCCGGAGCCAUGUACUUGACGAGGGCUCUAUAAUUAUGCAGGCCAUCGCUGCUGUCUCUUCUUCAGCUUUCCAACCCGAAUCUAUAAUAAUACCGAUUCCGCCAGCCACAGAUAAAGCAGUAAAGCAGAUCCUCUUGGGCCUAGAAAUUAUAGUCAGAUCAAGCAAAUUCCCCCUUUUGGAAGGACCAAUCAAUGCUAUGAAAAUGGUGGUGUCGGCAGAGCUCAAGCGUGAAGAGGGACAAGAUGUAAAUGCACUGCGACUUGCUUUGACAGCUCUCG